CAGCUCAAGCUAGGUUAGGGGGAAAAAAAUGUCAUCAGCAAGUAGUAAUAAUAAUUGCAGCAGAAAUUCCUGCACAGAUGAUGAUGAGGAACUCAACGAACAAUUGCGUACCCUACUGUCUCUGGUUCCUGAUGCUGCACAGACGGAUCCCAUAUCCAUCUUAGAACAGACUCGUGAUUAUUUGAGACGAAUUCACGAAGAAACAGAGAGACUUGAGCAGGAAAUCCCCAGUCAACCACAUCAUCUUGAGAACCUUAACCAGAGAGGUAUUGUUAACUCAUCAAGCCGGAGGCAACUCCAAAUACUAACGGCUGAGACAGACAAAAUAGGGGGUAAGAGGGAGUUUGUGGUGAAGAUUUUAUGGAAGAGACUAGGGCCAGGAGCAGCAGCUGAGUCCAGCGAGCUAUUGAGUUCUGCCGUGCAAACGUCAAGAGCGGCUCUAUACUUGUCACCAGCUUUCUCCAUCCAGACGAAAUGCAAACCACAGCUUUUGUCAAAGUAAACGAAUACUUGUGAAGAAGAAGAAUAUGACGGAGAAAGAGCUAUGCGAUCUCUUGCUGUCGAGGUUUCCAUCUUAAAAAUAAUAAAAUGAAUCGCCAAAUAAAUAUGUUUCCCGUCUACGUUAAGGAUGAUUCAGGUUAACUAGAGAUAUAUUGAUAACCACUUAAUAGUUGUUAUAUGUUUACCUCUCUCUUCUCAAAAAUCCGAGAAAACUCAUCAAUUUCUUUAUCUUCCUUUGCUCAGAUCUAGUCUUUUAGGGGCUAGAUUUGAGCAAAGAUUUCUUAGUUUUAGUUAUUUUUAUUGUUUUCAAUAAUUUCUUCGUUAUUAGAACGAUUUAUAUCUUCGCCACUUGGGCGAUUUUAUCUACACUUUUAUAGUAUUUUUUCUCUACCUGUUUGUUCGUGUUUGGUUUUCUUGAUAAAAAUACAUCGGUGAUUCGACACGGGCGAAGAUCAAUUUCUUCUUCAUAAGAAAAAUAGAUCUAGGGUUCGGUUAAUCGCUGCACAUGAAUAAUUUUAGGCAUAUCACUCUCUAUCAUAGGAGCAUCUCUUUUCCAAGAAGAUAAGCUAUCAAAAUUGUCGAAUUAUAAUUUCGAAUAUCAUUUUUUCCCCAAUCUCAUAGUAUAAGAUUUGAGUGCUAUCGAGGUAAAUCGCUAUUUCUUUUCGCGAUUUAUUUACGUUUUGUAUCUUUCUUUAUAUUUGUUUCAUGUUAUAAUGUACUUAUUUCUCUUUAAAAUCAUCAUGUAAACGUUUCUUGUGGAACGAAACACUUUUGAUUUGAUGAUGAUGAAAAAAAAAAGACUGUUAUAUAUGUUUUGGAUAAUUGAAAUUAUUUCUCCUCAAUUGUUUGAGUAGUUAG